AGUCUAUGUAUGUGUGACCAUCAUCCCAUCGUCCCAUUUCCCUGGUUUUUUACUGUAAAUGUGGUUCAACAGGCUAAAACUCCUGAGGCUACCUUUUCCCUCGUUUCGAUCUCGAUGGCUCGAUGAAAAACCGCUCCUUAAACGUUCACUGGCUGCCAUUUACUGGAUGCCGAUCGGUUUAGCGUUCACUAAUUACUUGUACACCAUUAAAACGGUCAACGGACGAAGUAUGCAGCCAACCCUGAAUCCGGAUGUAUCUCAAUGGAAGGACAUCGUAGUUUUUGACCGUCUAUCCCUGUUUUUGGGAGGAUCUGUCCAAAGGGGCGACGUGGUGGCGCUGAGAGACCCUUUCAACCCCAAGAAGAUGCUGGUGAAGCGGAUAGUCGCUACUCAGGGUGACAUGGUAAAGACUCUGCCUCCGUAUCCCGAUAAAGAAGUUUGUGUACCCGCUGGACAUGUUUGGAUAGAAGGUGACGAACCUUUUCGCACUCUAGACAGCAAUAGAUUUGGACCCGUCCCUAUUGGUCUACUAGACUCCAUAUUGAUCUACAUCGUUUGGCCAUUGGAUCGAAUAGGGCCUUUGCGUAAACCAACAGUUCCAUUUAUCAAGCAAGGCUCUCCUCGUAAUUCCAACUGGUACAAGGAUAUGGCCGCGCUCGAAAGGGAGCAGCGAAGGAGUGCCAGAGUAACCCCUGCGAAUAAACAUGGAUACGAUGUUUCAUAACAAUUAAGACUUAUAGGUGAAUUCGAAUUAGUAUUGCGUAUUGCUAGGAUUGCAAAAGCCCUACAUUUUAGAUACAUCCCUCUCGCACCUCCCUAUGCUCGUACUUGAUCUGUGCGACGAAGGUAUCAUACUCGAGUUUUAGGCUAAGUUAAUACAAUGCAAUUGACAGAU